AUGGCCGACCAUCGCCAUCAUCUCUCUUCUCUCUGGUGGAACUUUUGGGAAACGCAAGCCAUCCCUGAAAAGGGCGUGCCCUCUAUCAAGACCACCGACGGACCCAAUGGCGUUCGCGGCGUAGACUUCGAGGGCAGCACCCGCGCGGCCUGCUUCCCCGCGGCCUCCAGCAUCGCAGCCACCUUCGACACGGACAUUGCCCGCUCCGUCGGCCGCGCCCUGGCCGAGGAAGCCCGCUCCAAGGGCGCCAGCUGCCUGCUCGCCCCGACCCUCGCCGCGCAAAUGAUCUCGGGCGUGCAGAGCUUGGGCGUCGCCGCCACCAUCAAGCACUUCGUCGCCAACGAGCAGGAGACGGACCGCAUGACGGUCGACGAGGAGAUUAGCGAGCGCGCCUUGCGCGAGCUCUACCUCCGACCCUUCGAGAUCGCCAUCAAGGAAGCCGCGCCGUGGGCCGUCAUGAGCGCGUACAACAAGGUCAACGGCGAGCACUGCGACGGCCACAAGUUCCUCCUCGCCGACGUCCUCCGCGGCCAGUGGGGGUGGAAGGGCCUCGUCAUCAGCGACUGGGGCGGCACCAACUCGGUCGACGACUCCAUCAACCACGGCCUCGAGAUCGAGAUGCCCGGCCCCGCGCGCGUGCGUAAGACCGAUGCCGUGCUCGAGGCCGUGCGUGAGGGCCGCGUGACAGAGGCCGCGAUUGACGAGCGCGUGCGCAAUAUCCUCGUAUUUCUCGAGAGGCUUCGCGCCUUUGAGGGCGCUACCCCGACGACGGAGCGCGCCAUUGAUAGGCCCGAGCACCGUAAGCUUAUUCGCGACGCCGGUGCCCGCGGCAUCGUCUUGCUCAAGAACGAGGGCGACAUCCUCCCGCUUUCGCCUGCCAAGGUCCAGGGUAAGAAGAUUGCCCUCAUCGGCUUGGCCAAGGACGCCCUCGCCCACGGCGGCGGCUCGGCGGGCGUCAACGCCCACUACAAGGUCGCGCCCUAUGACGCGCUGCGCACCGCGUUGGGCGACGCCGUGGAGCUCACCUACGCCAAGGGUUUCCACAGGGAGCGCCUCCUCCCCGCCAUCUCCAAAGACGACGCCAGCGUCGGCACCGUCGUUGGCCUCGACGGCCAAACGGGCUUCUCUCUCUCCUUCUUCGAGCCCUCCGACCUCUCGACGCCCGUAUCCACGCAGCACGGCCUCGAAAAGUCGGCCUACUCGCCCCUCGGCUCCCAGGAAUCCAUUUGGAAGGUGCUCGAGAUCGUCGGCGACUUCACCCCUCCGAAUCCGGCAGCCACAUCAUCGCCGCCUCGGCAGGGCAACUACUCGGACCCCAUGGGUGUCCUGUUCAACGCCCAGACCGAGGAGGAGUUCCGCUAUGAUUUCGACGCGGGCAAGACCUACCGCAUCCGCAUUCAGAGCCACCCGCCCUCCAACGUUGGCCUCAAGAUUCUUGAGGGCCGCACCGGCAUGCGCAUGGGCUUCGGCCUCGCCUCCGUGUACGACGCGGACCUCCUCGGCGAGGCCACGCGCGUCGCUCAGGAUGCUGACUACGCCAUCGUCUUCACCGGGCACGACCCCCAGUGGGAGACCGAGGGCCGUGACCAAGAGUCCUUCAACCUGCCCCGCAGCGGCAGCCAGGACGCCCUCGUAUCCGCCGUCGCGGGGGUCAACAAGAACACAAUCGUCGUCAACUCGACCGGCGUCGCCGUUGCCAUGCCUUGGCUUGACCAGAUCUCCGCCCUCACGCAAACCUGGUUCCCCGGCCAAGAGUGCGGCAACUCCAUCGCCGACGUUCUUACUGGCGCCGUCAACCCCGAGGGUCACCUUCCCGCCUCCUUCCCCAAGCGCGUCGAGGAUGCCCCCGCGCACGGCAACUUCCCCGGAGAGUACGUGGACGGCAAGCUCAAGGUCAAGUAUGCCGAGGGCGUCUUCGUAGGGUACCGCCACUACGACCGCCUCCCCAAGGAGAAGCUCAACUUUGCCUUUGGCCACGGUCUCUCCUACACUUCGUUCGACUUGGGCAACCUCACGGUGGCCAAGUCAUCGGACGAUGUCUACACGGUCACCCUCAAUGUCACGAAUACCGGAAACCUCGAGGGCGGUACCGUCGCUCAGGUUUAUGGUGGCAAGGUGGAGCAAAGAGAGGACCAUCCCGUCAAGGCUCUGGUCGCCUUCCGCAAGGUCAGGUUGCAGCCGGGCGAGAAGACGACGGUAGAGCUGACUUUUGCCACCCGAGACCUCGGAUACUACGACGAGGCUGCCGGCCAAUGGGUCGUCGAUGCCGGCAAGUACAAGGUAUCACUGGCCAAGUCGGCGGCCGAAGUGGUCCAGGAGGUGGAGAUUGAUCUCGAGAAACUUCUGUAUGCCUCGGCCCUAGAUAUCAUCUAUGUCCACCAGUCCGACUUCAGCUCGGAAUUCGGAAGAGAUCGCCAUCACGAAGUUCUCCAUAUCGCCACGCUGAAUCUUGUGGAUGUCGUUCCUAUCGGCGAUAUCACACACACACCGAGACGAUAA